UUGGUGGAGAAGUGAAAAAAUGGACGCCAUUGUUGGGGCUGCUGACGAGUUGUGAGAAAAAUCAGAAUAUUAUGGCUAAAUAUAAGCGAAUCAGUAACUAAAUUUGUCAGUGACCGCCAGAUAUCCACACUGGCAAGCCGAAAGUGUUAAAUUUAAUCAAUUUGUGCUCGAUUUGAACGGGAAAAAUCAAUUUUUCACUGUCAGCAAAGUGACGUUCCUGACAGACAACUUUUCACCCCCCAAGAGGAAUCAUUUCUGUAUGUGGCCCAGAAAGAAUACCUCGAUGAAAACUGGAAAAGUAAGCUCGUAGGGAACCGCAACCGGAACAAGCAACCAAUGUUCACAACCAUGUACAUAUGGAACAGCUCGGGUUUCUUCGCUUUUUCCGUUCUAUUAAUUUUCGCAAUCUCGGUUACACGUAGUGCAGAUGAGCCAACAACAAUCAAGUAUAGCAUAGUCCAAGGAUGGGCCGCGAAGCUAGGGGGAGAAUUAGCAUCAUUAGGAGAUUUUAUAACUAGAAGGAAAGACGUAGAAGAUAGUUUUAAGCAAGCACAAGUAGUUAGCAAAAAUGGACAAAAAAUUGUAGAGGAGAUGGCCAAAGAUCUCAAAUACAUGAUGGAUGCGAAAGUGAGCGCAGUUAAGCGAAUCAUGGACACCGCCGAGAACACAGCCAUCUCCUUCGAGGAGGAAUCGGUGAACCAAAGUUUCCAAUACUACAACGCAAAGGAAAUGAUCGAACCAGGCGAGAUCAUCACCACGCCGAUACCGAUGAUAGACGAAGACCCGGCUGACAUCCCCACCAUCAUUCCGCCCAAAGAGAUAGUACUCACCAAAAAGAAGCACUUCUUCAACGAGGCGGUCAAUACCUCGGUCAGCUCAGUACACGUGCCGACUAAUGUGUACGAUAGAGCUACCGAGGUCAUAAAAGCCAUCAAAUGGUCCGAGGCACUGGACUCGAUCUUCUACAACAACUACAUCGGUGACCCGACGCUCACCUGGCAGUACUUCGGCAGCUCAACGGGCUUCCUGCGGCAGUUCCCCGCGACCAAGUGGGAAGAGGACCCCGUCGAUCUGUACGAUUGCCGUCUGCGCUCAUGGUACAUCGAGGCAGCCAACAGUCCCAAAGAUGUCAUUAUCCUAGUAGACAGCUCCGGUUCCAUGACGGGACAGCGGAAAGACAUUGCCAAGCAUGUGGUGUCCAACAUCCUGGACACGCUUGGUCCGAACGAUUACGUUAACAUUUUCACUUUUGCCGAAGAAGUGACCGAAGUGGUACCAUGUUUUCGUGAAACUCUGGUCCAAGCGAACAUGGGUAAUAUCCGAGAGCUGAAGCUAGGAAUGGAUAACAUCGAAACGACUGAGAUUGCUAACGUAUCUGCUGCGUUAACGAGGGCUUUCGAGCUGCUGGUUACAUUCCGAGAGAACAGAAAUGGUGCUCGAUGUAACCAGGCGAUCAUGUUGGUUUCCGAUGGUGUCCCAUAUAGCUUUGACGAGAUCUUCGAACAGUACAACUGGAAGGACCCACCCUUCAUUCCGGUUCGGGUGUUCACGUACCUGAUCGGUCGAGAGGUGGCAGAUGUGAAGGAGAUUAAGGAGAUGGCUUGUAAAAAUCAAGGCUUCUAUGUGCAUUUGAGUACGCUAGCGGAGGUGCGGGAAGAGGUGUUGAACUACAUACCGGUGAUAGCGCGGCCUCUGGUGCUGAACAAACGGGAACAUCCGGUCGUUUGGUCAGAAGUGUACGCGGAUGUUGAGGAUCCCAAAAUGACGGAUUGGUUAUGGGAAAUAAAGGAACGGGCCGAACAGAAGGAACGCUUCAUUGACUACCGGAAGAACCGUGUAAUAUUCUUCUCGCCGGAGGAGCAGCACCGGAGGAUGAUUAUGAAGCAACGAAUGAAUCAAGACCCAUACUCCAACAAUCAAAAAUACAACUUUAUGACAACCGUUUCGAUGCCUGUGUUCGAUCGCCGAGAAAAUGCUAACAUCACCGAAGACAUCCUUAUGAAUGAGGCGUACUGGGUUUCGAUAACACGUGAGACGAGGGUGGCCAACAUUCUUGGCGUGGCAGGUGCAGAUGUCCCCAUAUCGGAGAUUAAAAAAUAUCUAAAGCCUCAUCUGCUUGGUGUCAACGGAUAUGCCUUCAUCGUUACAAAUAAUGGCUACAUUAUAACGCACCCAGAUUUCCGUCCAGUUUUUCAAGACAUUUUGAAACCAGCGUACAAUACGGUCGACAUGAUAGAGGUUGAACUGACUGACGAUGACCGGGGUCCUCGGGAUUUCAAUCCUGUGCUGUUUCAUAUACGCGAAUCUAUAAUAAAUCAAUCUACUGGAGCAAAAUGGAUGCAUGUGAAAUAUCAUUUCGAUGAAAUGAAACGAGUGUCUCGUACUCGGCGUCAGUACUACUGGACGCCUAUCAAAAAUACUCCAUUUACUCUGGUAGUAACUUAUCCGGAAACGUACGGUGUCAAUAGACUCCAGAUCCGUACGGAGGAUGAAAUUCACCGCAUACAUGCCAAAGGCAGUAAUGUCGCCAACUUCUUCAGCGGUACCAAUUGGAAGAUUCAUCCAGAUUGGGUAUACUGUAAAUAUUUGAAUGAGCCUGCAAACGAAUCGUUUCCCACGCCGGAGAUAGAGCUUAAGCAUUUCCUGGAGCGCAUGAAACAGGGUGGCUGGAAAUGGCCAGCCCUUCGCACUCCGCCCCCUCCCGAGCACGCCAUGUUCUCUAACAUUUCGACCAGAAUGCCUGAAAAGGACUACUAUUACUGUGAUCGAAACCUCAUGCAAGCGCUGGUGUACGAUGCCAAGGUGACGGAAUGGUUCUCGAAGAAUACCAGCGGAGGAAGUGGCAAUAAGGACGAGAAAGGAGGCCCUAGCCCAAUCGCUGUUUUAAUGGGUUUAUUGCCAAGGAAUGAAUUCAAACAGCGCUUUGGGAUAACCGUAUCUUUCCUGGCCACCCACAGUGGCCUAACCAGGUGGCAGGACCAUAUGAACACAGGGGACGAAUCGAAGCAGGCAGAACCCGAUUUCAGCGAAACGAAUAACCGAGCAAUUGACGAAAUUUGGUAUAAACGGGCCGUUGAACUGUACUACAACAAUAAGAACAAGAAAACACCAGACGGGAAAGCCAAAGAGGACGGGGACAAGAACAGUUACGUGUACUCUGUUCCCUUCGACGCGGGAAAUCGGAACGAUACGCUGGUGACCGCAAGCACUGCUAUAUUCCAUACCGACAGUGCCAAGGAGACGCCAGUAGCGGUGGUUGGUUUUCAGUUUCACCACUCCGCGAUGUAUACCCUGUUCAAGAACAUCACCAGCCAGUGCUUGCAUGGUGACUACCAGUGCGAGAAGACAUGCUUCACCGGAGAUUUCCAGUGCUACGUGAUCGAUAACAACGGAUUCGUGGUUAUCAGCGAGGAGCUCAAAGAAACGGGAGCUUUCUUUGGCGAGGUUAACGCCGGUUUCAUGCAGCGGUUGAUUGAUGAUGGCAUUUUCAAAAAUGUCACCAUAUACGACUAUCAGGCGGUGUGCUUCAUGGCCAAGAGUAUCAUCAAUCUGGGAAAUAUUUUACAGACGCCAUUGAAACUCAUCUGGUGGUUCCUUACGAAUGCAGUGUCGUACGUAUUGUGGGUUGUAGUGCAGAUAUUCAUAACAAUCGUGCAGGCUUAUGAUGAAGCUAUGUACGACAGUGGCGCUUACGAUGGUGGUGCAGAUUUGGGUGAUCUCGAAGAUCCCACUGCGGGUCGCUACAAAGAGCCAGAAUUCAAUAGAGUUCUGAUCAACCGAACCCGUCCGGAGCCGUGCGAUCACGUGAUCACAUUGUAUGAGCUGAACAACGACGUUGAUCCUGCCGUCUACCGACGGAACGCCCAUCAAUGCGAGAGACCGUAUGUCGUCCUGCCAAUACCAUCCAGUAACCUGAUUCUGUUAGUGUUGGACCAACUAUGCCCACUGCCAUCCCGGGUUCCCCAGCUGACGACGUGGCCGAUCGAGCACGACUACAACGAUUCGUUGGCAUGCCACAAGGCGCGCAGCCCAGAUCUUCCCCGGAGACGACCUCUGACCUGUAUAAAUAAGCAUGUGAAUGAAAGUGCAAUAGAACUCUGCGGACGAGGGACCCUAACAAGCUUCAACACUGCGCUACUAUUCGUGACAACUGUUCUGUUGGCGAUGCACUUCGGGAAUCGUACAUAGGAAUGCACCAUUUGUUGAGCUUAUCGUUGAUGAAUGCGAUUAAUAGCAAAAGUAAACGUUCCAUACGUAAGUCCAAUUAAUGGCUACGGUAAAAACACAAAGAGCUUUUACCAUCAAGUCUUCUGCGGUGGAUAAUAAUCGAUAGAUGAUCCUACAGUUACAAAAAAAAUUGCGACAGUAACACUUUAUUCGUUUCAAAACUGUUUCGAGGCUCUUGAAAACAAAUUAUCACUUCCAACAUAAGGUUUUCAUUAUCCGCCGCACUUAACCGAAAAAAUGUACGAAUCAAAUAUCAAUUUCUAUUCCUAGCUGAAAUACAACUGAUGCUUUCGAUUUUGAUAAUUAAAACGUUUUUAGUAUCCAAUCUCUAUAUUAGUAAACCCGUUAUAUUGAUUACGAUAACUACACAAAGUAUAACUAGCAGAAUUACGUUAUUAGACUGCAGAGGAUUUUAUUAGUCACAAAUGAUAAAAUUGUACAAAAAUUUUGUUAUCGUUUGUAAUCUCUUGUACAGUGCAUAACGAGAAACGAAAUGCCAAAUCGGAGGCAAUUUUUACGAUGCUUGAAGUUAGAUAAUUUUCCAUUUUCAAACAGAUAACCUAGUGUUGAACUAAUGACCAAAUAUAACCCACAUUAUUAUGUUAGCGUUGAAUUUCUCCGUUGAAAAAAUUAGCAGACAGUCAACUAAAAGUUUCCAGCGUCGGAAACGCCAUUACAUCUAGUCUAUUUAGCUGUUACCGAUAUUCAAUUGUUCCGUUUCCUGAUUUUACACUUGUCCGUUGCUAUUGUUGUUACUUUCUGAUUAGAGAUUAAAGCCAACCCUGAGCAUUCAGCAGAACGGAAUCUUUUAUAUACAACAUAAUGCUUAAGCGCUAGCAGAAAUUUAAGGAAAAAAAUCACUUGUAAAAAGACUCGUCAAUCACUAGGUAAUACUGGUAAUAAUGAGAACGAAUGAAUUUUCUACCAUUGUAAAUCUUAGUUAUAUAUAUAUAUAUAUAUAUAUAUAUAUAUAUAUGAAGCAGACGCGCAGCAGAAACAAAAAACAUUUUUCCAAAUUUAUAAAGAAAUUUUAUUUUCCCACUCGUUAAGCCGAGCAAAUUAAAAUGGGCUAAAGAGUGAAGCAUUUUUCUCCUAUCUACCGCAAUUGUGCAAAUGAACCAACCUGGAUAAACAACAGGGCUAAAAACGAAAAUUAAAAAUAAAAAGCUUCACGAGUAAUUGAAAAAUGUUGUAAACAAUAAACACACUCAAGUAAACACACUCAAGACGCGAUCCGGGCGAAACCGGGUGCAAUCGGAGGGAGUUGUAACUUUUAGGAAAUAUGACGCGAAACGAAACAAAAAAGAUUUUUCAAUGACUUUUUCUGGUAAUAAAAUCUGUGAUAA